GCGAGUAACAUCCAAUGAACAUAUUAUAUUGUUAUCGAAUUUAUCUUUCUGUGAAGUUUAGAUAAUUAUGUGUUAGUUCAGGCGUCAGCCACAGUCGCACUGCAGCCACCAUGAGGGCUACCAAGGUGGUGGUUCUCGUCGUAGGAUCGAUCGCUUUACUGGGACUAGUUGCAGGAUUCAUCACAUGGGUGGUAUUAUCAAAUCAAAAUGCGCCAACUCCACCUCCUACUGAAGUCAUACAGCUGGACUGGUGGAAGAAUUGCGUUCUUUACCAAAUCUACCCUAGAUCCUUUAAGGACAGUGAUGGUGAUGGCAUUGGUGAUUUAAAAGGUAUUAUCAGCGAAUUAAAGCACUUCGUAGAUGCAGGCGUGGAUGCUAUUUGGAUGUCUCCGAUAUUCGAAUCCCCCAUGGUCGACUUUGGGUACGACAUCAGUAACUUCUACGAUAUACACUACGAGUAUGGCACUAUGGAGGACUUUGAAGAGCUUUUAGAUAAAGCUCAUGAACUUGGUCUGAAAGUUUUGCUCGACUUCGUUCCGAAUCAUGCCAGCAAUGAGUCAGAGUACUUCAUCAAAUCAGAGGCAAGAGAGCCAGGCUAUGAAAAUUUCUUCAUCUGGGCUGAUCCCCUUCCAAACCCUGAAAAUCCUGGAGUCAGGCUUCCUCCUUCUAAUUGGGUCAGUCAGUUCGGAGGUUCGGCCUGGGAAUGGAGUGAGAAACGUCAGCAGUACUAUCUACACCAGUUUGCUAUCCAACAAGUGGAUUUCGACUUCAGAAACCCUGCAGUAAAACAAGAGAUGUUCAACAUCAUGAAAUUCUGGUUAGACAAAGGAGCUGACGGCUUCAGACUAGAUGCUCUACCGUAUUUGAUUGAAGCUGAUCCAGCUGACCACGAAGGAAGAUAUCCUGAUGAUCCACUGAGUGGCUUGACCCAAUUUGAAUCCCACCAACUGGGAUAUACCAUACCUCUAUACACCAAAGACUUGAUUGAGCUGUAUGAUGUAGUAUACGAAUGGCGGGAGUUUUUGGAUGAAUACAAUAAAAAUCACGGCGGCGAUACCAGAGUGGUGUUCUCAGAAGGGUAUGCCAACGUGUCUAUGACUAUGCUGUACUACGGAAACGAGGAUGGAGCUAUUGGAGCCCAUUUCCCUUUCAACUUUGAUUUCAUCACCGAUUUAUCGUCGAAAUCUAACGCCAGAGACUUCGUGUACAUCAUAUUAAGGUGGUUGACUUAUAUGCCCUAUGGUGGAAUUCCUAAUUGGGUGUUUGGUAAUCAUGACAAUAACAGAAUGCCGACUCGCUUCCGUCAUGACAUGGUGGAUGGCCUGAACAUCAUCAACAUGCUGCUUCCUGGGGUAGCUGUCACGUACCAAGGCGAGGAGAUCGGCAUGAGAGACGGCUAUGUCAGCUGGGAAGACACUGUGGACAUAGAAGCCUGUAACCGGGGAGACCCUGACACCUACCAUCUGUAUUCAAGAGACCCAGCUAGGACUCCUUAUCAUUGGGAUAAUUCCACUAGCGCUGGGUUUUCAACUAGUACAAAUACAUGGUUGCCAGUGGCUGAAGAUUACCAGGAAAUUAAUCUGGCUAAACAGAAAGAGACUGCUCGUAGUCACUUUAAGAACUACCAAGCCUUGACCAAGCUUCGUAAACAAGCUACACUCUCUCACGGAGAGUACGACAUUAGGGCCCUAUCAGACAGGACCUUCUACCUCGUGAGAAGUUUACCUACUCACGACACAUACGUUCUUCUCUUCAACGUUAGCGAGAGAAGAGACACGGUUGAUUUGGGCCGAGUACCACAUUUGACACUACCAGCUACUGUCUAUGUUUCUAGUAUACACUCUGCUAGAUUAGCCGGACAUGAGAUAACAAGCUCGCAGUUGUCAUUAGAAGCCGGAGAGGCUCUCGUUUUGAAAGCCCAACCUAUAUAAUGUGUUGUGAUAAGGAUUACGUUUUUCAUAUAAAAUAUUAUAUUUGAAAUAAUUUAUUGUAGCUGUAACUAAAAUGUAAAUAAUUGUAAAUAAAUUACACAGUGUAAAUAAAUUACGCAGUGUACAUAUUCGUAAAUACAUUUUAAAACUGUA